GACAGCACAAUAACUAGACGGGGAUGGUGGCGGAUUUCUUGCAGCAAUUUUUUUUUUUCAAGCGUGCAUAUAAAUGUUUCAAGUUCCUUAUAGGCACAACUCCAGUAGAGCUCGCGCUGUCCAAGUUGCCAGUCCAGUGGCAGAGCUAGAGUGCGAACAUGGCCAAGCUACUUGUCUUGAUGCUGUUGUCCCAGCUUGUUGUGUUGUGCUUAGCUUCCGGUGGACAUGACACUAGUGGACAUGGGGGACAAGUUGCAGAAGGACAUGGCGACAGUCACGGUGACGCACAUGGAGGUCACGGCGACGCCCAUGGGGGUGGUCACGGUGAAGAAGGCGGACAUGGCGGUGGCCACCACGGCCCACCUGGACCUGGAUACUCGGGCUCAUCUGUUAUAGCAGUCAAUGUCUGCCUGAUAUCACUGAUGUCAUUAGUGGUUUACUUCAAGAAUCAUUGAUUCCAACUGUCAGCCUGAUGUCAUUAGUGGUUUACUUCAGAGAUUUCACCUGAUAUUUACAUGUUCUUUGUUUUGAUUAAACCUGUGUAUACAAGA